GAGACUACAUUGCCACGCGCCGCUUGUCUUUCUCAUCUUCACUGCCGUCACUGCGGUCGCGUGUAUCUAUCUGCAGCUGUAUGUCGUUGCACUGCAAUUGACACAACCUGGACAUCCAUUUUUUUUUCGCGAUUGUGCAUUGCGUUACUAAAAGGAGCAAGGUGAUACGGCGCUUUCGCCCAGAUAAGAACACAACAGCAAUAGCGGCAGACCGACAUGACGUUGACCAUUGGCGCAUCAUCAGCAUCGCGGUGAGGGCAGGCUGAAAAGCGACGACGACGACGAUGAGUUUCGGUUGUCUUCUCUCCGAUCUUAUCGCUCCGCUUCUCCUCGUCCUCGCAUCGACGGCGGGAGCCAUUGAUCUUUCACAAUGCAUCGCGCCGCUGGGCAUGGAGACCGGAGCGAUACCCGACGCCGACAUCACGGCCAGUUCGAGCUUCGACAGCGGCAACGUUGGACCUCAUCAAGCUCGGCUGCGUUCGGAGAAUCACGGUGGCGCCUGGUGCCCGAAGGAGCCGGUGACCGCGGAUCCUCAUCAGUGGCUAGAAAUUGAUCUGCACACGGUUCACUUGAUUACCGCGACUGGUACCCAAGGUCGCUUUGGUAAUGGUGUGGGUGUCGAAUAUGCUGAAGCCUAUGUACUUGAUUACUGGCGGCCAAGGCUUGGAAAAUGGGUGCGAUAUCGCGACAUAAAAGGCCAAGAGGUAAUUAAGGGCAACGACAACACGUAUCUAGAAGCAAAGCAUGAGCUUGACCCACCCAUAUGGGCGAGCAAGAUUCGCUUUUUGCCCUACGACUCGCACAUGCGGACGGUCUGCAUGCGCGUCGAGCUCUACGGAUGUUACUGGAGUGAUGGUAUAGUCUCCUACUCGAUGCCCCAAGGGGAGACAAGAAGUAAAGACUGGGAAUUCUACGACGUGACCUACGACGGACUCUGGGAUGGUGAGUUACGUCGUGGUCUGGGUCAGUUGAUUGACGGUAAGGCAGGCCCUGAUAACUACAAGAAUGGAUUCCAUUCGCACGUGAGAGGCAAAGGCUGGGUUGGUUGGAAGAAUGAUACCAGGAAUGGGCAACCCAUCGAGAUCAAAUUCGAAUUCGAUCGCGUUAGGGAGUUCUCGGCUGUGCAUAUCGUCUGCAACAAUCAGUUCACCAAGGAUGUCAAGAUGUUCUCUCAAUUGGAAGCUCUAUUCAGCAUAGGCGGCAAGUAUUACGGUGGAGAGCCGAUAACCUAUAAUUCCGUGGAGGAUAGCAUUUUCGAGCAUGCACACAACAUCACGGUCAAACUUCACAAUCGCGUGGGAAAGUUCGUUAAACUCAGGCUACACUUUGCUGCUAAGUGGAUUAUGAUCAGCGAAGUUACUUUCGUCUCUGUGGUAGCUCACGGCAAUUUCACGUCAGAAGAGCUAAUGCCAUCAACGGAAACGCCAGCUCAAAGUGAUAUCUUCAUCGAGAAAAAUGGCUCGAUGUCAACAGUGCGCGAGCAACCCCCGGUUUCCCAGGCAAAACACGACGAUCCAACUUAUAUGGCAGUGGUGAUUGGCGUAUUAACAGCGGUGAUACUGUUGCUGGCGGUGGCGAUCUUUUUGAUUGUCACACGUCACAGGCAACGCAAAUGUUUCGCCAGUCCAGUCAAUGGUAAAACUCCAUCUCAUCUCGGUUCAACUUGCGCCACCGUGGAAAAAGGAGCUGCAUUGAUGGCCUACACCCUCGAGGACGACGAGAGAUAUGCUGGUGGCUCGCUGCCGACGCUACCCCGGGAUCUUGGCAACCGACUUUUAGAUAUUGUCAAGCUUGAUGACUACCAGGAGCCGUAUCAGGCUCUUAAAUACGCGCCUUACUACAGCUACAGCACUGUCGUUAUGGAAAUGAAGGAUAUGGUCACCAACAAGCCUCCCACUGUUAAUCAUACAGGCUUAUACGCGAAUGGUGCGGUCGACGCGUCGUACGAGUACGCAGUGCCAGAGCUCGGUACCCAGCAGCCACUUCUCAACGGUUCUGACAAUCGCACCCCCAACAGCACGGCAAGCGAUCAGGACAGCGUCUUCUCGAAGACAUCCUCGCGCUGCAGUCGACCUGAUGAUAAAAAGUCGCCAACACAACAGGAGGUACUUUCUGCUUUGAAGAAACGCUUGGAACAAACCAAUGUACCCUUAUUUCCGCGACAUCGACUUCGCAUGCUUUCAAAGUUAGCCGAGGGCGCCUUUGGUUCAGUCUACAUCGCGGAAGCCGAGGGAAUUCCGGAGUACGGCACAACUACAACCCUCGGUAAGAGGCUCGUGGCAGUCAAGUUUUUACUACCGGAAGCGAACGAGAAGGAAAAGCUUGACUUUCAAAGGGAUGUAAGGAUCUUGGCAGCCUUAGAAGACCGUAACAUCGCGCGUGUAUUGGGUGCCUGUUGCCGCGAGGAGCCUUACUGCGUUGUAAUGGAAUAUCUGGAACACGGCGAUCUCUGUCAAUUCCUCAAGAGCCAUGUCACCGCCGAGGACGCCCACUCAAUGCCAAUUGGCGUUAAGACUCUAAGUUUCAACUGCCUCAUUUACAUGGCCGCGCAAAUUGCAUCGGGGAUGCGGUACUUGGAGAACCUCAACUUUGUGCAUCGAGAUCUGGCUACGAGAAACUGCCUGGUAGGAAAAGCCUAUCACAUUAAAAUUUCAGACUUUGGUACAGACAACGAAUUAUACGCCUGUGAUUACUACAAAGUUGAUGGUGGAAUACCUCUGCCUGUAAGAUGGAUGGCUUGGGAAUCUCUUAUCUUGGGCAAGUACACGACCAAAAGCGAUGUCUGGUCGUUCGCUGUAACGCUCUGGGAAAUUCUUAAUCUCGGAAGGCGCGUUCCUUAUGAACAUCUCAACGAUAGAGAACUCGUCCGUUGUCUACGCAGUCUUUGCCAUGAAUGCGCUGCCAGCGACGAAGCCUCUCAGAUUAAGAGCAGCGAAGAGGAAGAAGAUGAUGACGAUGACGAGAAGAUUGCCCACAAAUUCGAAUGCUUACCAAAGCCUACUGCCUCCUCGAAGGACAUUUACGACUUGAUGUUGGAAUGUUGGCGUAGAGAUGAGUCCGAGCGCCCAGCUUUCCGUGAGAUUUCAUUAUUCUUACAGCGCAAGAAUCUUGGUUACGCGCCGACAUCCUGAUAC